UGCUGUGUCCCUUUAAGUACAGCAGGCAGUGCUGUUGGUCCGCGCGGGAGAGCAGAGCGCACGGUGCGGCGCUGCUUCUCCGCACCGUCAAACAGCCUUCCUUCACAUCGGACAGACGACAGAAGAAGACAGGUCGACCCACCGCCUGCAUCUCAUCCACACUUUGACCCGAGAGGAUGACGGGAACGAGUCCAACGUAGGAGGGAGUGUUUGAGCUGCGCCUCGGACGGACUGGUGGCCUUCGGAUGGACGCAGAAAAACCAGCUUUUCAGACAACACACUGCUGCUGCUGCUGCUGCUGCUGCUGCUCGGAUGUGGCUGCAAAAUCGCGGAGAUGAAACAUCACGCCUGAGCCCGAGACAUGACCAUCUUCAGCUGAGUUGCGUCCAAACCAUCUGCUGAAGCCGCCUUUAAGACCAGAAGGAGCUGUGUGAUACAGAGGGACAGUUGUGUCAACAUCUUCCUCUGAGAAUAAGUUUCCCACACACCACUGAGUCUACAAAAUUAUGAUAAGACACCACUGCUGAAAACUGCUCUUGGAAUUCAUAACAGCAACAUGGUGAGUCACGCCCUCUCUCUCCCAGAUCGUCUCAGUGAAUAGCCGACCACACAAAGACGAAAGGAUCUCAGCUCAGCCUGUAAAUAAAACCCUCUUCCCUCUGCACAACGUGGGAGAAAGUGCCACUGCAGAGCCGGUGUGGCAUCUAUGUGGGCUGAUAACUAGAGUGAAAGAAGUGUUGAGCGAUCAUCUUUCACUCAGCGCCACUCACCUUUCAUGCCGUGGCCUCAGAGCCGUCUCUCAGGGCUGGGCUGUCAGCGGGUAAGAGUCUCACGUGGACGCGUUCACCAGCGCUGCACAGAUGUAAGGCGUCUUCCUCAUGAGACUGAACAGACUUGAGUGAAGGAAAAGUCAUGCUAUUGUUUGGAUGACUGUCAGACAGAACUGGACACUUUUACCGACUCUCUCACCGUUUUAGUUGGUGUCCAGUUUUUGGUUGGAGAAGCGAGAACUGGUGUUGAUUCUUCUGAUUUAUGAGUUUUCAUCAUUGGGAUCGUGUAUUUCAGUGGCAGGGGGAGCCAGAAUGGCCAAGCCUCUGCUGAAGAUACAGCGCUAUUUCCGCAGGAAACCUGUCCGGUUCUUUUCCCUCAUCCUCCUUUAUCUGACGGCCGGGAGUCUCGUCUUCCUGCACUCUGGCUUCGUCGGGGACAGCAGCACUGGAACCCGAAGAGGCAGGGACUCUGUUGUAGCUGCAGAGAUGGGCAGCAGGACAUCAAUGUCACAAAUCCGGGGGCUUGGGAUCAUGAGCAGAGUGUUUAAGGACACGCGAAAGUCCGGCCACAGGUAUGGCCCUCCGUGGAUGAAAAAGACUGGACACGAGGGCCAGGAGGUGCAGCGCAGGGGAGGUGAUUACACCAAUAACUGGAACCGUGCACUUAAAGGACGUAAUGCCAAAGACAUGGAUGAAGGACGAGCAAAGUACAUCGGCUGCUAUGUUGAUGACACACAGAAAAGAGCAUUAAGAGGAGUUUCCUUUUUUGACUACAAAAAGAUGACGGUGUUUCGUUGCCAGGACAACUGUGCAGAAAGAGGUUACAUGUACGCAGGUCUGGAGUUUGGCGCAGAAUGCUACUGCGGUCACAAGAUCCAGGCGCCCAACACCUCAGAGUCUGAAUGCAACAUGGAGUGCAAAGGCGAAAAGAGUAACGUGUGUGGAGGAGCCAACCGACUGUCCAUCUAUCGGCUGGAGCUGAGCCAGGAGUCGGCACGCCGCUACGGCAGCGCCAUUUUCAAGGGCUGUUUCCACAGGCCGGACAAUGUCACUCUGGCUCUGCCUUUCAGCGCCGUCAUUCAGAACAUGUCUGUGGACAAGUGUGUCGACAUGUGCACGGAGAGGGAGAAAUCCCUGGCCGUCCUGGCUGGAGAUCGAUGUUACUGCGGGUUUCCGACGCCACUCUUUUCCCUUCACGAGCUGGAGGAUGAGAACAUGUGCCUGCACCACUGCCAGGGCGAGGAGUUUGAGAGCUGUGGGAAUGAAGAAUACUUUGUGGUGUAUCAGACGCAGGUGCAAGAUAACCGAUGCAUGGACCGUCACUUCCUCUCAACUCGCUCCAAGCAGCUUGUGGCCCUUGCUAGUUUCCCCGGGGCCGGGAACACUUGGGCUCGCCACCUCAUAGAGCUCGCCACCGGCUUCUACACUGGCAGCUAUUACUUUGAUGGCUCCCUUUAUAAUAAAGGAUUCAAAGGGGAACGAGACCACUGGAGGAGCGGCAGAACCAUCUGCAUUAAAACUCAUGAGAGCGGCAAGAAGGAGAUCGAAGCCUUUGACUCCAGCAUCCUCAUGAUCCGAAACCCUUACAAAGCCCUCAUGGCAGAGUUUAACCGCAAAUAUGGAGGCCACAUUGGAUUUGCCUCCCAGGCCCAUUGGAGAGGGAAAGAGUGGCCUGAGUUUGUGAAGAACUACGCUCCUUGGUGGGCGUCCCACACAUUGGAUUGGCUACAUUAUGGAAAGAGAGUCCAUGUGGUCCACUUUGAGGAUCUGAAGAGGGACCUGUUCUCCCAGCUCAAAGGGAUGGUUCAGCUCCUGGGUUUGAAGGUUUCUGAGGACCGGCUGCUCUGCGUCGAAGGCCAAAAGGAUGGCAACUUUAAACGCUCUGGGCUACGCAAGCUAGAAUAUGACCCUUAUACACCUGAAAUGCGAGCUAGCAUCAAUGAACUAAUCAGAACAGUAGACACUGCCCUGAAGAAAAGAAACAUGUCUGGAGUUCCAGAGGAAUACAUGCCAAGAUGAUAUAUGUGAUCCUUAAGUUUGUCUUUCCACUCUUUUAAUUGGACUCUUCUGUGAUUCUGCACCAUGUUUUGUAGACUACAUGACUUCAGUAGUUUUUUCUAUUUAAUUUCAUAAUUUCAUGUCAUAGUAGGGAUGAAUUGGUCUGUUUAUGGUCCUAUUUUUAUUUUAUUUUUUAUCCAUCUUCUUUUGAACAGCUCCAUGCAUUUAUAGUAGUGCAGCUUUUUUUAUAGAGAUUAUUUUUUGGGUUUUUUUAUCUUAUUUUUGGGAUCAUUAUGAAAAGCACUUCUUAUCCUGCUCUAUGCACAUGUGCUGUGUUGGCAUGUGCACAUGCCUUAACAUGACGACGGUACAAUAUAGCUGUGAUGUUACAGAGAGGCACGUCUGACUCUGCAGGCUGAUUCAUAGUCAGUGAUCCAAAUGAUACAAUAUAAAACUCUCAAGUGUGUCAUGAGCUUAUUUUGCAUCACAAAGAUUAAGAAGAUUAAGAAUUUCUGCUGCUAUCACAGUUUUAGAGCAAGUUACUAUUUUAUAGAUGAAGGUCACUGAAAACUUUAAAAUGUCAAACCCUUUAUUGAAGGGAACACAAUGCAAUAUGCAGGCGAUGACUACCUGAUGAAGAUACUGUGUGUUUUUGUAAGUUAUUCAACAAAAAGAGGUAAACAACUCAAUUCUCAGCUCCUCUCAUUCAAGAAGAAAUCCCUCUUGAAGGCACUGAUUCAAGGAGAGAAGAGGAUUUAUCUCUACAGCGUAUAUUUAUCUCUGUUAUUAUUGACUAAUUUGGUUGAAUAUGUUUUCUGAACACUGGACUUGAUGCAGAAAUCCAAAAAGCACAUCACUGUGCAACACUAGCCCCAAAGAUCACUGAGGAAUUAGACAUUAUGUCAUAGACUGGAGGUUUUCUUUAGUUGUAGACGUUUUAAGGUAGAUGUUUUUGUUUUAAGGCAGUUAAUCAUGCUGAAUGUGAAAACAGUUUUAUUUUAUUGCUUUGUUGUAGUAAGAGCUCAGCUGAUUAAAAGGCUGGUAGUACUUUUACUCCCAAUAACGUACAAAAAAAAUUUUCAACAGUCCACAACCAUGUGAAAAAUGUGUGAAAUGUGCUCAGAUUUUAUAAGCAGCACGACUUAUAGCGCUACGCAAUGUGCUUUGCCAUAUGCUUAAAAAAACAAAUAUAUAAAUACAUAACAAACCACUGGUGAGAUCCAGAAAACAUUGACUGACUUCCAUUUUCUGUACAAUAUAUACAGUAUAUAUUUUUAUAGUGUGCGCUGACACAUCAAAAUAUUUCUAUUGCAAAAAGCAAAUGAAAAGCUGUUUCUAUUUUUAAGACAUGCUUUAAAACUUUACUGGCUCUUGGCUCUAUUCAUUGACUUGCUGGCACUUUUUGAAACAUAGGUGUCACAUUUGAAUGUAUUUUCUAUGGAAUGAAUGUAAUGUGAAGGCCCAAUAAAAGUUAAUAUAAGGUA